AUGAUGUUUUCACAAACGAUCCGACGUAUUAGUACGAAACCACGUGCAAUUGAACUUGCAUUCGACAAGAUUGCAUGCAAGAACAAUACAAAUAAAACACCAUUGGUGUUGAUCCACGGGCUGUUUGGAAGUAAGACGAGCAACCGCAGCAUGGCGCGCUCAUUGGACACACUCUUUGGAAACAGUCGUGACAUAUACCUUAUAGAUUUACGUAACCAUGGCGAGUCUGCGACCGCACGCCCACACGAUUAUGAGUCGAUGAGCCUCGAUGUGUUUAAAUUCUUACAAGCGCAUGCGUUGCAUAGGAGUAUUCUUGUCGGACAUUCAAUGGGAGGGAAAGUGGUGAUGAACAUGAUUCUGCAACAACAGAUGCAGCGGAAGAUGGCAUGCGAGAUCACUAUGGGGGUCUGCAUCGAGAAUGCACCAGCGGUGACCAUGCCGAACAGUAAAUUUGUCACUUACAUCGACGCAUUGCAAAGCGCAAUCAGCAGUGGUGGCGGUGGGGAGACGUCACUGCAGACACGUGAUUCCGUGCAUCGGCACUUGAGCGAGAAGUUACCCGGGGAGCAGGAGAGCAUAAUCCAGUUUCUGAUGACACUAUUGCGACGCUUGCGUCGCAAUAGCAAUAGCAAUAGCGAUGGCAGCGGCGGCGGCGGCGCCGUAUUCGAGAGCAAGGUCCCGUUACAACUGCUGCGAGAAAGCAUCGUUGCCGGGGAGGUCAGUGGAUUCCCACUAGUGCCGUCCUCCGAUACACCGCCAUGCGGCACACCCAUGUUGUUCAUUCGCGGCGAAGCUUCGAACUACCUGUGCGAUGAGUACAUCGUGAGCAUCAGUUCAUUUUUUGCUAAUUUCGAAGUGCAGACAGUGGCUAACAGUGGCCAUUUCGUGAACAGCGAGAGACCGGUCGAAUGCGCAAGACUGAUCCACGAGUACAUUGACAGGCGGGAGGACUAA